AUUCAUUCAUUUGAGGGUCUUAUCUUUUCCACAACAUUGAAAAUUGAGAAGAGCUCACUCCUUUAUUUCAGUUAAGGCCAAACUUCGCUAUCCCUUUUGAUAAUGGCGCACUCUUUGUGUUUUGCUCCUAUUUGUUCCUUGAAAUCUUCAAACAAACCUGGAGCAAUUAUUGGUAAUUCGGUUACUCGAAAGGCUUUUUCGAUUAAGGAAGCGUGUCUGGAUUCUAAAGCUCGAAACUUUCGGUCUUUGGAAGUUAAGGCUACAGAAGAUAGUAGUAAAGGCACAAAAGCAAGGAGCAUUGUUUGUUCUAGUUGUGAUGGAAAUGGUGCAAUAUCAUGUACUCAAUGCCAAGGUACCGGAGUAAAUUCGGUUGAUCACUUCAAUGGACAAUUUAAAGCUGGUGGAUUAUGCUGGUUAUGCAGGGGUAAAAAGGAUAUUUUGUGUGGAAGCUGUAAUGGGGCUGGCUUUCUUGGUGGAUUCAUGAGCACAUUUGAUGAUUAGAAGAAGAUUGUCUAGAUUGAAUCUUGAAGAUUCCUUUUAGCUGUGAACAGAGAGAAAAAGGAAGUGGAAAUCCACUUGUUCCUCCUAUGUUGUUAGUCUUUUUUGUAAUGUUUAUUCAUGUAUGUUUUUCUGCUAUUGUUGGCAAUAACAUUUUGUAUGAAUUUAUAAUUUUUAUGCGGUGAAAAAAAAUUCGAUUUUGACUUGAUUGUAUGAA